AUGAAUGCCAGCUUAGGUAAAGCUAGAUUAAGGAUGGCCUGGUGGUAUGAUGCCCAUGCCCUGGCACCGCCUGAAAUCAAGCCCGGAGAUGAAGUUAUGUUGGACCGGCGCAAUGUGCAAACAAAGCGGCCUUUGGGAAAACUGGAUCAGAAGAAGAUGGGACCCUUUAAGGUCUUAGAAGCUAUUGGUACCCGUGCCUACAAGCUCUCUCUUCCCCCUCAAAUGGGAAUCCACCCGGUCUUUCAUGUCUCUCUUCUGAAACCUUACCGAGCACCGGUAGAUCCUGAGAGAAGAGUUCCUGUACCGGAGCCCGAAGAGAUUGAAGGAGAACAGAACUGGGUUGUCCGAGAGGUAGCUGAUAGCCGGGUCAAUAAGAAAAGGAGACGAGUGGAAUACCUAGUGCUGUGGGAAGGUUAUGAAAACGAGGAUGCUACAUGGGAACCUUGGGAGCAUCUCAAGAAGAGUGCUGAAGAAGCCCUUCGGGAUUUCCAUAUGAGGUAUCCCAAGAAACCCAAGGACAAGCGGAUUGUUGGGGUGUAG